AUGUAAACAAAUACGACGUUGACGUGUUGACAGUUACGCAAACGUCUAUUAUACAUUUAACGUCAAAAAAAACAAAGAAAUGUAAAUUACGACAUGGCUGGUUUUCGAGAUAUAGACAAAGCUUUAUUUCCAAUAAAAAGUAUUAACACGGUGGUACAACUAUUUAAAAAUCAAUUAGAAAGUCCGUCAGAGCCUGAUCUGGCGUUACUUUCAAUUGUAGCGGGCGUAAUCGAAAAUUGUUUAACAAGCCGGUCUAAUACCGCGCUUCAAAUAUCCGAACCAGUAGAACAAAAUAAUUUACCGAUUUUAGAAUUGAAAACAGUCGAAAUUUUAUACAACAAAUUUCGAAGUAUCAUGUUUAAUGCUAUAGAACAAAAUAAAUCAAAAUCGUUUGCUACCAGAGAUCUCGUCAAGAAAGUAUCAGAUGUUAUCUGGAAUUCGUUAACGAGGAGUUACUAUAAAGACAGAGCACAUUUACAAAGUUUGUACAGCUAUUUAAGCGGUAGUAAAUUGGAUUGUUUCGGGGUAGCUUUCGCCGUUGUAGCUGGUUGUCAAUGUUUGGGUUAUAAUGACGUACAUUUAGCGCUUUCCGAGGAUCACGCUUGGGUUGUUUUCGGUGAAAAUGGUACCGAAACGGCAGAAGUAACAUGGCACGGUAAAGGAAACGAGGAUAAAAGGGGACAGGAAAUAGGCAAAGGUGUAUCUGCGAGAUCUUGGUUAUAUGUAAAUAACAAACCGGUUAUUUGUACUAGACAUAUGGAAGUUGCAGCUUUGGUUUCAGCUAUAGAUCCAUCUUUGAAUUCAACACAUGAUGCUUAUGAAGUUGCUCUACUUCAGCAAGAACUAUUGUGGUUACUAUAUGGUCUUGGACAUUUAAAAAAAUAUCCAAUGGCUAUUGGAAAUUUGGGUGAUUUGGAAGAAAUUUCUGCUACUGAAGGUAAAGUACCAUGUAAAUCUUUAUUUGAAGAAGCUAUUUAUUCUGCAAGGACGUAUUAUAACAAUCAACAUGUGUAUCCUUACACUUAUCAAGGAGGCUACUUCUAUCGUAACAAAAUGUACGAGGAAGCAUUUGAAAGUUGGGCAAAUGCUAGUGACGUUAUAAGAUUAUAUAACUAUUCGAGGGAUGAUGAGGAGAUUUAUAAAGAAUUUCUUGAGAUCGCGAAUGAAUUAAUACCUCAAAUUAUGAAAACCGAAAGUUCCGGUUUUAGUGCUAACACAAUUUUGAAAAAGUCGAAAUGCUUCGCCGAUUUGCUUCGAUUUUACGAUGGAAUUUGUCAGUGGGAAGAGGGAAGUGCUACCCCGGUGUUACAUAUAGGAUGGGCCAAACCUUUGGUCCUUACAAUAUCAAAAUUCGAUGCUGAUGUUAGGGCUCAGGUGAAUAUUGUCUGUGAUAAGUCUGAAGAAGACAAAUUAAAAAAAAAUGGUUCAUAUUUUAAUAACAAUAAUAAUAAUAAUUAUGAGAAGGAGAACGGAUCUGCUAAUACCGAUCUAGUUGUAAAUAGUACAAAACAAACUGGAGAAAAGGAUAAAUCGCCUUUUCAUCCUAGUAUAGAAGCAUUAACAGCUGCAUGUUCAGAGAAAAUAUUAAAUCCUGAGUAUCUGUUACAAGGUGACGGUUCACCAUUUGUAGGUGGUGAUUACCCUGAUGUCUCACCCUCAAAUUCCCCGCAAGAAUCCACAGAAAAACUCAACGGAGGACCUAGUACUUCGAAAGAAGUACCAAUAGAUGAACAUUCACAGGAUGUAAGACCUACGGUGGUCCUUCACAGUCAAAAAAUGAAGCAGCUGAAAGAUUUGUUGUUGGCUGAAAAACUAAAUACGCAAGCCAUAUCUCUUCACCUGACGGCACAAUCACAGGUGCAGGUGGGUAAGAAAGGUAGAGGAGAAGGUGAUCAUGUCAGGCCUAAGCGAGCACGUAGGGAAUAAGUUGUAAGGAAAAGGGUGAGAGCAACAAGGUACUUAAUAUAUUGUAAAAGUGAAUUUUUUUUGUUAAUUUAUUUUUUUAUGCGAAAAAUGUCUUUUUUUUUGUUAUUGUUUGUUGAAUGGUAGAUAUCGAGGGAUUCACUUACUUGUGACCAUGAAGUUGAUGUAAUGUGGAAAACUUUUUUAUUAUUAAGUUUAGGGAAAAAAUUAUUCUUGAUAAAACGUUCUGCUUGCUUUAAAAUAUAAUACACAAUAGGUAGAUAUCAAAUUUUUUCAGUCGCAUACGAGGUAUGUCAAAAAAUAUGAAAUUUACUUUAUAUCUGUCCCCAAAUUUUGAAACAAUGUCUAUCUUUUUUAUUAUUAAUUUUAAGAAAAAAAGUUAUUCUUGAUAAAACGUUCUGAUUGCUUUAAAAUAUAAUAUACAAUAGGUAAAUAUCAAAUUUUUUCAGUCGCAUACGAGGUAUGUCAAAAAAUAUGAAAUUUACUUUAUAUUUGUCCCCAAAUUUUGAAACAAUAUCUAUCUUUUCUAUUAUUAAUUUUAAGAAAAAAAGUUAUUCUUGAUAAAACGUUCUGCUUGCUUUAAAAUAUAAAACACAAUAGGUAGAUAUCAAAUUUUUUCAGUCAUAUACGAGGUAUGUCAAAAAACAUGAAAUUUACUUAGAAAUAAAAUACUUUUAUUAUUUGUUAAAAUAUUCGAAAUUUUUAUUAAAAAGAGUUAAUUGAAACCUAAAUUUACGUUAAAUACAUCGAUUUACUUUGAGAAUUUUAGUCAUUUUUUGAUAACUGUCUAAUUUUGAACUAAAAUGUGUCAUUAUAGUAAAAAAAUUAUUUUCUCAAUUUAAAAACAUAUUUUGAGGUGAAUUUUAGUACUGAUCAUUGUUUUUUUCAACAAAAUUCUAUAUUAAAAAUAUAAAAUUCAUAUUUUUUUCAAAAAUCUCAGAAUUAAUUAAAAAUAAUUUAAAAUCUGAUGAUCAGUUUUAAGAUUUUAUCAUACAAAACGUUUUAUCAAAAUUAAUUUUUGUUUUCACAUUAAUAAAAAGUUUUUCGCGUGGUAUCAACUCAAGGGGACAUAUUUUAUAUUUUUAUUUAUUUAAUUAUGGAAUAUAUGUUACAAAAUACCCCCUCCCCAUACGGAUAACUUUUUUAUUAUUAAUUUUAGGAAAAAAAAAUUCUUUAUAAAACGUUCUAAAUAUUCUAAAAAUUAAAAUACAAUAAUCAGAAAAGAAAUUUUUCGAAUCGUAUACGAGGUAUGUCAAAAAAUAUGAACAUCAAAUCGAAAAGUAUGUUUUUAUUCAUUAAAAUCAAAAAAUUCUUUUUAAUAAAUUGAUUAGAACUAAAAAACUACAUUAAAUUAAGUAUUCACAUAAUGUUUUUUAUAAAAAAUUUUGUUAUUAAUAAUAUUACGAAAUUACUCAUAUUUUUUGACAUAACUUGUAUACUAUUAAAAAAAUUGCAAAUCUGAUGAUUGUAUUUUAUAUUUUAGAUCACGUAUAACGUUUUAUAAAGAAUCAAUUUUUUUGUUAAAAUUAAUAGUAACAAAAUUAUCCACUUAAUUCCAAUUCAACGAGACGUACUGUACAUUUUUAUUUAUUUAAUUAUAAAAGAGAUGCUGGUUUUCUCUUUAAUAAAUUUGUACAUCUAAUAAUUGAAUUUUCAACUAUUUGUAUAACUUUAUUUCCCAUAUUUGACCAUAGAAAACGUUUCGACUGUUCGGAUUAUCAUCUUCAGUAUUACAAUUGAUAUUAUUGACCAAUUUGUACUAUAUUCGUAUAUAUAGUAUUAUUAUUGGUAAUUCUUCGGUAUCUAUGAUUCGUUGUUUGAACAUCUAAUUAAAAAAAAAACUUGUAGAAUAGACAACUAUUUUUUGACAUAUUAAAAUUGUUGAUUUAUAUUAUGUAUUUAAUAACAAAAAAAUCAACAGUUUUUCUUAUAUAUUGGUACAAAGAAAAACAUAAUGCAGGGCAUUAGAAUAAAAAAAAUCAAAAAGGAUAUUUUACCUACAGUUAUAUACAAGGUGUUUAUCGAAAGACGUUCUUUAUCGGAUGGACAUCCUGUACAUCACAAUAAUAUAGAAGUUAGCUCUAUAUAUAUAAAUAGGUGAAAUUUUUCAUCAAAUAUUUGAUGUGAUCGCACUUUUUUUAAUAAAAUAAUUAUUUUUUAACUUGCCAUUUUUAGCCGAUAACCUCAAUUUCAUAUAUUUUUUUUUGAUAAUAGCGAACAGUAUUAUUAUGAUUUUUAAGAACUGAUUAACUCUCGUUAUUUAAUUUAAGUUUAAGCUAUAGUUGCGUAAACCCAUUGAAUGGAUGGUAAGGGUGCAACGGGUAAAGUGCCAUCAUAGUUGGUAUCCCUUUUCCAUAUAUGUUUCCAUUAAUUCCUAUCCCGUAUCUUAUAUUUUAUUCCUUUCCAUUUAAUCCUUCCCUUUCUUCUGUCUCUCCAGCUCAUCCUCAUAUGUUCGGUAUUAAUCGUUCUCCUUCUACACUGAUACAAAUAGACAUAUAUACAUAUUGACAUUUGACAAUUACAAGAUUAUUUACAAUACCAAUACAUAUUGACACGUAUACACAGUCACAGUUGACAAUUAUACAUUAUCUGCAAUACCAACACAUAUUGACAUAUAUACACACACUGACAUUUGACAAAUGUACACUAUUACACAUUGACUUAUGUACAUUCAGAGACAAUUGACGAAUCUACAUUUUUAUGGAACAUUGGUACAUAUUGACAAAUAAAUUUAGACAUUUUUGUAUGUUUUUGAUGAUUAAUCGUCUUUAUUGACAUAUGUACACAGUGACAGUUGACAGUUAUAUAUUUCUCUGCAAUACUAAUACAUAUUGACAUAUAUACACUCAGAAACGUUUGACAAAUGCGCGUUUAUCUUCAAUCCUGGCAUGUAUUGACAUAUAUUUAUAUAGACAUAUGACAAGUUGACAUUUAUAUGUAACAUUUGUACAUAUUGACAUUUGACAAUUGUACAUUUAUAUAAAACUUUGGUAUAUAUUGACACAUAUACACACAUAGAUAUUUGACAGUUGUACAUUUAUCGAUACCAUUUAUUCAAAUUUUUUUUUUUUUAUAUUUUUUAAAUAUGAUGGAUGUACCCACCCUUUGUACAGUUUAUGUACUAUCUAUAUACGGGAUGUCGUCGAAAAUGAUAUUCAAUUCUCAUUACGAUGACUGCAACGUGGUGGUUACAAUUUUAUUUUAUAUGAUAUAGGUUAGGUUAUACCAGUGAUUUUAUCAUCUAACCGUUGCACAUCUUACCAAUAAAUCUAACAAUAAUUAUUUAUAUAUAUAUUGAAAUAAUACUGUUGUAACUUAUUUUUUCGCAAUAAUAUUAAGUGUCACUUUCAUUUUGUGAUGGUCGGUCGUUUAUAAUUGAUCGAUAUUUUUAUUUUCGAUUUGCAAUUUAAAUUUUAUGAGAUUUUAAUUAUGUCACGUGCGUAUAACUUGAAGUUGGCUAAGAAAAACGUCAGGCGUAGGACACUUAUGAUUUUUUGAUAUCAAUCAAAUGUCAGCUAUGGAACGUUUUAUAAUUUUUUUAUGUCAGCCAUGGAACCGUCAGUCAUUGUCCGUCUUGGAACAUUUAAUGUCGGUUAUGGAACAUUUUUAAUUAUUUGCUGUCAAUCUAAAUCAGUCAUAGAACUUUUUAUAUUUUUUUUCUGUCAGUGUCAGUUAUGGCAACAUUUUAUAACUUUCAGCUGUCAGUCAAUGUCAGUCAUAGACCUUUUUAUAUUUUUUUCUGUCAGUGUCAGUUAUGGCAACAUUUUAUAACUUUCAGCUGUCAAUCAAUGUCAAUCAUGGAACAUUUGAUAACUUUCAGCUGUCAAUCAUGAAACGCUUUAUACAAACUAAUUUGUGGAAUUAUUUGAUUCGAAAUUAACCUUAUAACAUGAGAUUAAGUAGAUUUUGACAGUUUCCUUCAUUUUAUAACUAAUAAUUAUAACCAAAAAUCGAUUAUAGUUAAUUUCAAUGUAACUAAUGUGAUAGUAACAUCAUUUUAUAAACGACCGAUUCCGUUUUGACUAGCACUUUAUAUACAUACAUAUACACUUUGUGCUUGUAGCAAUUUUUUUAUGCACCUCGUUCGUUAGAAGGAUGACGUUUCUUCACUUAUUUUAUUAUUAUUAUUUUUUUAGUCGUUAAGUGGUAAUUGUUAUACAUUCCGAUGUGAUUAGAUCACGUAGUAGUGUAUGUUUAGGUUGUUGAAUGCAUAUAAAUCUUUUAUUGUAUCUUGAGACUUUACAAGAAACUACAAGCAGAAAAUGCGGUAAAAGUAUCCAAACUAAAUAGUGUUAAAUCGACAGGAACUUGAUUUAGUUCAUUCGAACUAAUUGGAAAUUAAAUCCUUGACUCGUUUGGAUGCUAUUAAUUUGGUUCAUUCGGACUAAUUCAAAAUGUCAAGAGGUAUUUGGACGUAGACGGUUCGGUUCAUUUGAACUACUUGAAUAUUUUGAGUUAAUUUGGUUCAUAUGAACUACUUGAUGAUACAUUUUGAAAGUCAAAUCGAUGUAGCGCGAUUGGUUAAUUUGAACUACUUGAAAAUCUAUUUUUACAGUCAGUUGAUUCAGACGGUUCAUUUGAACUAAUCGAGGACCGAUUUUUUUUUUUGAGUAAGUUGUAUAGGGAUAGGUCCGUUCAUUUGAAGAUUUUAAGUUAGUUUGAUGCAAAGGGUAUAGAUCAUUUGAACUACUUGCAGAUCAAUGUAAAAACUAAAUUUGUUGCAGACGGUUUGGUCCAUUUGAACUAAUUAUAGAUCGAUUUCGAGAGUUUGGUUCAUUUGAACUAUUUGAAGAUACAUUUUAAAAGUCAGUUUGAUGUAGACUGUUUUGGUUUAUUUGAACUACUUGAAUAUUCUGAGUUAGUUUGAUGCAGACGGGAUGGUUCAUUUGAACUACUUGACGAUACAUUUUAAAAGUCAGUUUGAUGCAGACUGUUUUGGUUUAUUUGAACUACUUGAAUAUUCUGAGUUAGUUUGAUGCAGACGGUUUGGUUCAUUUGAACUAAUUAGAUAUCGAGAUCAAGAAUCAGUUUGAUGCAGACGGUGUAGUUCAUUUGAAUUAUUUGCAGAUCGAUUUCGAGAGUUAGUUGCAAUUAAUUUUGUUCAUUAGAACCAAUUAAAUAUCGAUCUAAUGAUUCAGUUGUAUAAGGAUAGUUGUGGGUUCAUUUGAACUACUCAAAGAGUGUCUUGAACCAGUUACAUGGUUCAUAUGAACUAAUCAAAGUUUCUUUCUAGUAAUUUUUUCCAUGGUGUAUAAUAUUCAACUUUAUUCACGUUGUCUUCGUUCAUUUCUUUCUAAGUAUUUGUAAUAUAGUCAAAUUACAGAUCCGGCAUAGCCCGAAACGUUCCAAAUAAUCAAUUUUCUUUUAUAAUAAAUAUUAUAGAGACUUGCGAGUUUCUUGUAACGUCCAUUAGCGAAGUUGAUCUGAAAUAUGUCGAUCUUUGCAUAGUUUUUUCGUGCUAUUUAUUAUUAUAUGUUAAUUGGAUCUCGUUAGCCAUUUAAUUUCCACUUUGACAACCGAUAAAUUGAAAAAAUAAUUGAUAUAUUUUCACUUUUUCCAUGGAAAAAAAUUAUUUCUCAAUAAAUUUUUAGUCGAAUACAACAAUAGUUUCCUCGUAUAUAUAUAAUUUUUUUAUAACGAGAUAAAUUAACAUAAAUUGCCGUUACCUCAUAAAUAAGAGUCGUAUUUUAUGCUGAUUGAAUAUGUAAUAUAUAAAAAAUGUCGAUGGUUUUCCUCACAAUGAUAAAAUAUCGACCGGUUUCGAUUUUAUUGGGACUCUUCAGCAUAGGGUAACGAAAUUUUCAUAAUUUAGUCGUUUUUUCUUUUAUAUACGAGCCAAAAUUGAUGUUGCAGUGAUAUCUGGUCGAUUACUAUAUUAUGUUUCGAAGAAAAUUAAAUUUUUCAAUCAGAAAAAUGUUGUCUCUGAAGUUUCUGAACGAUUUUUAUGAUUCACAGUAACAAUUUUCGUUUUUCUCUGUUUAAUAACCUCGUUCGAUGAAAAUAUCAGUCCUGUGGGACAAAUUUUUAGGUUAGGAUACAGUAAAAAGUCACUAUGAACCGGAUCUGAUUUAUACGGUGUGUGGUUAAUCAAUUUUUAAAGUUUCCACUCUCAAAUUGAUUUAACGAGUAUGAAUGCAAUAGAAGUCUACCUCGUUACUUUACAAUAAUAAAAUAUCGACCGGUUUUGAUCUUAUUGGGACUGUUGAGCACAGGGGAACGAAAUUUUUACAAUUUAGCCGUAAAUGUCAAAUAACAAUAGAGUCUCAGCUUUUUUUCAGUCUUAAUAUCGAGUUUGGAAACUUUUAAGACAAUCCUCGUAUAUAUCAUGGAAUAAUAAUUUUUUUUUAUUAAAUUCAAUCAGCAUUUCUAAUCAAAAAUACCUAAUUUUUUCGCUUAUUUACAAUUUACUGUGGGUUGAAGUGUAAAUAUUAGUAAUAUACUGCUCUACAUAAAAUAUAGGGUAACCAAGUCUGAAAAAACAAGUUUCGGUUAAUCGUUGUGUUAUUUUGGACUUGAAUUGACGUAAUACAUUCAAAAUCAUAAAUAAAACUAUAAAAAUAAAUGUUAAAAUAACGAUUUAGUGAAUAUGUUUCAAAUAUCCGAUUUUAUUUUUGUAUUUUGGAGACUAGACAAUAUUGUAAUUGUUAGUUAUGACCGAUCGUAAAAUUUUCGUUUUAGACGGAACAGAAUGGUGUAAAAUUCAAAUGGAAUUUUUUAUAUUUGAAACAGUUUUUUCAAUUAACGAUGGCUCUUGAUAAUAUAAACAUCUUGAUCGAGUACACAGUCACCUUUUGCGAAAGGGAAAACCAAGGAUCGUUGUUAAUUGAAGUACCUGUAUAUUUGAUCCAUUUUACCGUAUUUGUACUGUGUAUUUUGACUUAUUAGGCCAUUUUAACAACUCUUAGUUUGAAUUCAGUCCCCUUGGUGAGCAGAAUAGUGGGUGCCCCGUAUGAUAGGCCAGCCGUACCCCGUUUAACAUUACCAAAGGCUGAUGUCCUUUAGAAACCCAGUCUAAAAUACCUUAAUUAGUUGUUUUUGUUAAUAUGUGAUCCCUUUUUUCAUUUUUAUGAUGAAUUUUUCAUUUAUACAAGUUGUAACUCCUCAAAUGAGUCUAAAAAUACUACAAUCAGUACUUUUUCUUCAUUAUUCAUCAUUUGGGUACAAUUUUUUCACUUUUACAAAGAAUCUUGUACGUCUGCCAGUUGUAACUCUUCAAAUGACUCUAAAAAUACUACAUUCAGUACUUCAUCUGUAGUAUUUGUGAUUUCGAUUCACUUUUUCCACUUUUAUGAAGAAUCUAUUGUUCAUAUCAUGAUCAUUUGACUGUAUUACUAUAAUCAGUUAUCAUCCAUAAAAAACUUUCAAGGGAUUUCGAAUUUUUGCAACCAACUCAUCUAUAAAUUCCCUAGGUGUUUUAAUGUCCUUUUUCAAGUCAAAAUAUAACGUUACAACAACUAUUCAUGUACAAAUCUUUUAUUUAUCAAAUUUUAAAAAUAAUUUAAUCGUUCUGUUAGGUAUGAUGGAAAAGGAACAAUUCUCCAAUUGAAUAGAUUUUUUUUUAGUGUAAGUAAUUGUAAUAUUUAUAAAAGAACGUGAUUAUCAAGUUUUGAAUUUACCUUGCAAAAAGAUCUUUUAAAUUAUGAAAAUUGAAAUACUUGAUCGUAUUUUGAAAUUUUAAAGUUUAAGGCUUCUUAUCCAACUCGCUCUUCAUGAAAAACAACUUAGGGAAUGUAGUUUGAAACAAUUUUAUUUAUUUUUUAUUUUCACACAUCUCGAUUAUUAUUUCCAUAUAUUCUUAUUAUAUUAAUAACCCUUUUUUGUAAUUUCCUUUGCAUCAAUAAUUUUACGACCAUUUUGUUUAUCCCUAACUAAGAACACAAAACGCAAAAAUAUAUAACGUCCGUUUCCAUCGACGUUCACACCGUAACUACUCUAGUUAUGCUCUUGGAUCUAAUUCCGAUUCAGUUAAGGAGUAAUCGAUGCGCACUUUUAAAAUUUUCGUUCUGUGUUCACGGAUCACAUCGAUUUCGUUAAUUAUUGAUUGCGAUUUAGUUAAUCAUUGAUUAUGGAUAAACAUUAGCAGUUCCAUAGAGAAAGCGAAACAGAAGAUGAGAAUUCGUUGACUAGUAGAGGGAGAUAGAAAGUGAUAAAUCGAUGCUUUGUCUCGUCCAAUAGUACAAUUUCAUUUAUAUGCCUCUCUAUCUUCCAUAUCGUUACAAACUAAUUCUCGCGAACUAAGCUUUUGAUACACUGCAAAAAAUAAUCAUCCAUUUCGUGCAAUAGAUGUUAUAUAUACACGUUUUAAGUGUAGUGAAAACUUUUUUACUGUUAUUUUUUAAAGAAAAUGAUGACAUUCGUGUGAUGGUAUAAUUUUGUUGUUUAAAAACGAAGUAGAUUGGUUUAAAAGCGUUAUUUUUCAGUAUUACGUCAUUAUAUACUACAUUUCUAAUAUAUGAAGUGUUUAGAGUGAUUUGACUGAAUAUAUAUACAGGGUAAAGUGGUCCACGAGUGUGUAAUUUAUAUUAUUGAAUAUGUUUUUUUAAUAUAUUGUCAGUAUAUUUGUUCCUUUUUCAUUUUUGUACCAUUGAAAAAAAAAUGAAGCAGCAAAAUUUUAGAUGUUAUUGUAGUCUGUGAUGAAAUAAGGGUGACUAACGUAUUUAUUGAUUAUACUUGUAGAAUAGAAAUAUUAAGUAUUAUUGACACACGUAUUUUUCUAACAAAAAAAAAAUAUAAGAAUCUUCCAUUUAAUGACUAGCCAAAGAACAAAUUUUCAAAUUAAAAAGUGAAAAAACAAAUGGUAGUAGGAUAAUACAUAUCGGAAUAGGGGGAGAAUAUGAAAAAAAUGAAGAGAAUAAUAAUUUACGGUCGAUCUGAGGUCGGGAAAUGAAAGUGGGUGAGGUUUUAAGGGUGAAAAACGAUUUAUGUUGAAAGUAUGAGUCAUAUGGAAAAAAGUUGUAGGUAAUUUUCCUAGAAAUUUUCUUAUCGUACGAAAUUUGGUGAAAACUUUUCUCUUCAGCUUUUUUCCAUAAAACUUGUAGUUUCACCACAAAUUGAAUUAAACAGUUUUUUACCCUCAAAAAAUCACCCUAUUCCAUUUACCAUCUUCAAAACGCCAGUAAAUUAUUUUUCUUAAAUUCUCUUCCUUUCCCAAUGAGUUUCAUCCUAUUAUUUUGUUUUAAAAAAUUUUCAACUCUGUCUAUAUUUUAGACAAUUUAAUUUUAAUGUUUGUUCAUUGACUGGCCUAAAUUUUAUUUGUUAAUGUUAAAUUAUUAUGAGAAGUUUAACUUUGAAGUUUGGAAAAUGAUUGUAUAAGUAUUGUUAAUAUUUAGUAGGUUUUCUUGAAUAUGUACAACACUUUUAGAUUAAUUCUAAUUCAUUUAUUGCGUGUAUACAGGUAGAACUUUACAUAAAUAUGUGUAUUUUCUCGCCCACUAUCAAUAAUAAAAUAAUCCGUAAUU